AUGUUAUUGAUAUUACUUUUAAAUGUUGUCCUAAUCGUUUUGGGUUAUUUUGCAUGGAAAUGUUCAUAUUGGCAACGUCAUGGUGUACAAGGACCAAGAGGAUGGCCAGUGGUUGGUAACAUGUGGUCCUUUAUUACAGGACAACAGCAUUAUGGUGAUGUUUAUCAACAAAUUUACAAUGAUUAUCCCCAGUUACCUUACAUUGGCAUUUAUCGUCUGUUUGGAGAACCUGCCAUUUUAUUACGCAGUACCGAAAUGCUAAAGGAGGUGAUGAUACGUAAUUUCCAUCAUUUUCAAGAUAAUGUCUUGUGGGUUAAUCCGAAACGUGAUCCAGUUGUGAGUUGCAAUCCAUUUAUAGCCAAAGGUGAAAAAUGGCGUGUUAUGCGCAGUGAACUUGUACCGAUAUUUACACCGAAUAAAGUGAAAUCAUCGUUUCCCCACAUUGAAAAUGUUUGCCGCAAAUUAAUGGCGCAUGUAAAAGAAAAUAUGAAUACUAAUUGCUUUGAGGCAAAAGAUUUAUUUUCCAAAUACACCCUCGAUGUCAUUGCUUCAUCUGCAUAUGGAUUAGAUGGUGAGACAUUUUCCAAUACAAAUUCCGAUUUUACAACGCUGGUGGAACAUUUAUUUCUACCAAAUCCCUACAGUUUAUUGGAUUCCAUUGUGCUGUUAUUUUCACCAACGUUGGGUAACCUGAUUAAAUAUACUUAUUUUCCCAAAAAUGUUGCAAUCUGGCUACAAAGUAUAAUUAUGAAUAUUUUAAGUUUACGCCUUGACAAAGCCGAAACGGGCGGUGCCAAUAAAACGGAGCACAGCGAUUUCAUUCAAUGGUUAAUUGAAAAUAAACGAAAACAAAACGAACCGGUCGAUAAGGCAACGAUAGUGGGCCAUUGUAGUACGUUUUUACUUGAAGGUUUCGAAACUUCAUCGUCGCUAAUGGCAUUUGCUUUGUAUCAGUAUGCCAUAAAUCCUUUGGAACAGCAAAAAGUUCUAAACGAAAUCGAUGAAGUUUUAAAACGAUAUGAUGGUAAACUAUGUUAUGAGGCCUUGCAGGAAAUGUCCUACUUGGAAGCUUCACUGUACGAAACUCUACGUUUGCAUGCCCCAAUGAUGGCUCUACUAAAACAUUGUACAAAAUCCUUUGAAUUACCACCACAACAUAAAGGAGGUCAAUCUUUUCGGGUGCCAGAGGGUAUGGUGUGUAUAGUUCCGGUAAAAGCUGUCCACUAUGACUCUGAUAUUUACCCAGAACCAUUAUCUUUUCAACCUGAACGUUUUAUGGGUGAUAAAGAUAAACGCCCACCAUGUACGUUUUUGGGUUUCGGUGAGGGGCCACGUAUGUGUCCAGGUGGCCGUUUUGGUUUGGCACAGAGCAAAGCCGGCAUUGUAUCCAUGCUUUCAAAAUAUUCUGUACAUGUGGCUGAUAAGGCCCAAGGGAAACCAUUGAAAAUGGCCGCGACCACUUUUCUAACGGCUGCAGAAAAUGGCAUAUGGAUAAAAUUCAAAGAACGUGAAUAAAUG